CAUAUAUCCAAUAAAUAAAUAUAUAAACAACAGCGUUUUGGAGAGAUUUUUUAUUCAAUUCCCGAAAAAAUUCUGCAUUUAUCGUCUUCACCCGUAGAGGUUUUCGAGGAGCUAUCAAUUGUCCAACAAGGAGCAUUACCAAGUCCUUAUUUAUCCACAAACCCUUGCCUAAGAUUGCUCGGAGAAGUAGAAAGAGAUUACUUAAUGGCUCCCACAUUCGGCAAAUGUUUCACGUUCUGCUGCGCUAAGACCUCUCCUGAAGGAGACGAAAUGGCCACGGACGCGUACGAAGCCGCCAUCAAAGGACUUAAGGAUCUUCUCAGUAAGAAGACAGAUCUAGGGAACGUGGCCGCUGAGAAGAUCAAAGAGUUGACUCAGGAGCUUAAGGAGCUUGAUUCCAGCAACUCUGACGCCGUUGAACGUAUCAAAUCCGGUUUCACCCAUUUCAAAACUCAGAAAUACUUGAAAGAUAGUGCUCGGUUCAAUGAUCUCGCCAAGGGCCAGAGCCCAAAGUUUCUGGUAUUCGCUUGUUCUGAUUCUCGAGUGUGUCCAUCUCACAUCUUGAAUUUCCAACCUGGUGAGGCCUUUGUUGUCAGAAACAUUGCAAACAUGGUUCCACCUUUCGACCAGAAGAGACAUUCUGGCGUUGGUGCCGCCGUUGAAUACGCAGUUGUACAUCUCAAGGUGGAGAACAUUGUGGUGAUAGGCCAUAGCUGUUGCGGUGGGAUUAAGGGUCUCAUGUCCAUUGAAGAUGAUGCUGCACCAACUCAGAGUGACUUCAUAGAAAAUUGGGUGAAGAUUGGUGCAUCAGCAAGGAACAAGAUCAAGGAGGAACAUCAAGACCUAGACUACGAUGAACAAUGUAACAAGUGUGAGAAGGAAGCUGUGAAUGUGUCUCUUGGAAACCUGCUUUCAUACCCAUUUGUGAGAGCUGCAGUAGUGAAGAACACACUUGCAAUAAGGGGAGCUCACUACAAUUUCGUCAAAGGCACAUUUGAUCUCUGGGAGCUCGAUUUUAAGACCACCCCUGCUUAUGCCUUCUCUUGAAUAUAACUCUUGUGAGAUUUGGUUUUCUCUCACAAAAGCUUUGACUGCAUCCUUUCUUUCUCCUGUUGAUUCUGAUCUCAACUUCCUUUUGAUUGGUUUCUUAUUUUCAAACUUGCAACUUUGCUACUUCUGUUUCAAAGAGCUGUAAACAAUAAUACUCUGAACAACCUUUCAAUCUUAUUUAUUUUAUCUAA